UAUUCCGCCGCACAAACCCCGGAAGUUCCUCGCCGUGUGUCUCCUCCUCAGCUGCUCGGAACGUUAUGGUUGGCCAACUUGUUUUCCUGCCGAACAAACCCGGAAGUUCCUCGCCGGACUAGUUUUGGAGCACAUCAUCGGUCUGGGCUAUUUAAGAUUCUCACACGGAGGUCACCGCUUCCCCAGCUGUGAUAGUUGUUCAUAUCAGAGGUCCGGGCAGCGUGCAUGUCGGCACAUGUGCAUCUGAUCUGGCUGGUUCCCUGUGGAGAAUGUUCUGCAGCUAUCAGGACCGGCAGGAGUUUGAGGACGAUCUCUACCGGGGAGACGGCGAGGAGUCCCAGGCGUCCGAGGCCUCCAGCGAUUUGGAGUUCCGCCUCUACGGUCAGCUCCACUACUCUUCCAAGGAGCAAGAUGGAGAGCUUCAUGUUUCCGAAAAGGCCGCAGAGACUGUUGUCACCGGGAAAGUUCCAAACUCUCCGCCAUCUUCUGAAACAGUCAAGCACAAGAGUAAAAAAGGUGUCAAACAGAAGAAGAAAAGGGAAGUACCUCAAGUUCCAAGACCACUGUCGCCGUUUGAGGAGGUGGUGGUCAUUUACACCAGCCCCGAAGUUAUCACCAUCUCUGACAGUGACACCUCUGAUGAUGAUGAUGACAACAAUGGGGUUUGUGCCCUGAAGGGUAGCGGGAAACCUCCAAAGCAAACGUCCAACCAAGACCAGAAGGCAUCCCUUAAAACUGUGGCAGUCAGUGCCCCAGUGUUGGUGGAUUCCAGCAGCUCCACUUCAGAGUCGGAGUCAGAAUGGGAGUCCGAGUCUGACUCCUCUGAUUCGGACAGUCUGGAGAACUGGAUGAUCCUGGGCGGGGGGAAGCAGGAUGGAGACAAUUGCAUUUCACUCAACUUGGAAGUCGGUCAUGACCUCCGUUCAGACGUUGAAGCAGACCACUCUGGCAACUGGCUGGUUUUGGAGAAGGACAAGAAGGCUCAAAUCCAGAAUAAACAGGGAGUGAGGCGCGCCCCUCCACGUUUCUCCAACCAACACAACAGAUACUACACGGGCGUUUGUCACAGGUGCAAAAGAACGGGACAUCUGUCCAAAAACUGCCCAAAUGCCGAAAAGAUGUCGCUUAGCUGCUACCUUUGCGGCGGCUCUGACCACCAAGUCCAAACGUGUCCCAAUCAACACUGCAAGAACUGCGGGCUUCCUGGUCACGUGCAACACUCCUGCAACGAGAGGCCGUUGUACGACAAAUGGUGCGACCGCUGCGGCAUCAAGGGCCACUUCAGUAACGGCUGUCCAGAGCAAUGGAGCAGUACCACAUCACGACCAGACCGGGUCCUCCUGUCAAACCUCAAGACCUGCACAACGUGAGACGACCCGCCUCCUGCUUCAACUGCUCCAGGAGAGGACACUUUGGCCACCUCUGCACCAGGGAGGGCAGGUUCAGAGGAAUAUACAUCAGCACGCCGGAGAUCAACUAUUACGACACCAAGAAGGAUAUUCCCCACAGGAAGCACAUGCUCCGGUCUUGGGUUGAAG